GUGUCUCCUCUUUAGCUUUUCUCUUUUCGUGCCUGUCCUACAUCCACUCUUCCUCCCGUCUUCUUGAGCGCGACCGACUGAAUCGCGAGUUGUUCAAGUGGUGGACCGUUUUCCCCCUCAUGCCUGAUGGUGCUCCUUGGGCUUGGGACGCGUACACGCCUGCUCACCACUUCACCGCUCUUCUCGGCCCGUGAUCUCGUUGGACGGCCACGUUGGAUUGCUAAGGUCCCUUCCCUCUCGAUCUCCUCAUCGACUUCUACAACGUCAACAACAGCCUUAUCUACCUGUUCAGCCUUGCGCCGCAUUCCAACCUUGAACAACCGAACAAUGUCAACGACUACUACGACAGCCAGUGCCGUCAUGACCGCCUACGUCACCGAACAAAGAGGCUCUUUGUAUGGGUCGGAUUACUUGCUUUACAUCAAGAAAGCCGAGGAUAAUGUGCCCGUUUCCCCUAUGCACGAUAUUCCACUUUAUCAUGAUGAGGGCCAGAAGAUCUUCAACAUGGUGGUCGAGGUGCCUCGAUGGACCAAUGCCAAGAUGGAGAUCACUCUCAAGGAGAAACUCAACCCCAUUAAGCAGGAUAUCAAGAAGGGCAAGUUGCGGUAUGUGGCCAAUUGUUUCCCACACAAGGGCUACAUUUGGAAUUACGGGGCUUUGCCGCAAACCUGGGAAGAUCCCGACCACGUGGAUGAGGCUACCAAGUGUAAGGGCGAUGGUGAUCCCAUCGACUGCUGUGAGAUCGGACAAAAGGUCCACAAAAGCGGGGAGGUGAUCCAAGUCAAAGUGUUGGGCACCGUGGCGUUGAUUGACGAAGGCGAGACCGAUUGGAAACUCUUGGUUAUUGAUAUCACCGACCCAUUGGCUGCUAAUUUGAAUGACAUUGAAGAUAUCGAAAAACACAUGCCUGGUUUUUUGAGCGCCACCGUCGAAUGGUUCAAAAUUUAUAAAAUGCCCGACGGCAAGCCCCCAAACGAGUUUGCUUUCGACGCCAAACCGAAAAACAAGGAUUUUGCGCUCAAGAUCAUCGAUGAAUGCAACGGUCAAUGGAAGAAACUGAUGGCGCGAGAAUCGGCUCCUGAGGAUUUGGACCGAACUUGCACCCAAUUUGACGGAUCUUCCAAGAUUGGCGCGGACUCAGCCAAGGCUGUUGUGGAAGGUGCCGCAGCUAUGGCCGCUGCAGUCCCCUUAGAAUCCACUGUAGAUAAGUGGCAUUAUGUCAAAUUGUAAACCGUUUCCGUCUAGUUGGUUCGGAUAAUAAACCUCAGUGUGCA